AUGGAUUUCUCACAGACCUAUGACCCGACUACCUUUCACAGCAUCUCCUCCCUUCAUGAUGCCAACAAGUAUUUUGGUGAAAAGAACGGCCUUUCUUUUGUGGAAACAAAGCUAAAGCCUCUUAUUCUGCGAUACGGAGUGGAGAAUAUCUUUGGGGUCGCUCUUGUCCAUCGCCAUUUCGAUCUGGAAGAGGGAACAGUCCUUGUGGAGAAAGACAUGCUCACAGCUCCCUGGAAAUGUGAUGGUUCAUUCGUAAAGCAUGGUGGAAGAAUUAUCCCAAACUCUUGGUUCUUUAAAGAGGGCACGCCUCACCCUUACGAAUUCGGGUUUUUCCCUUACUCGAAGGCCGAUCCUCCACGACUUGAACAGCAUGCAUCUUUUGUUGAAGACUUUUUUGAAGCUAUCAAUUUUCACGGGCUGGGUCAAUUUGUCGGUCUCCGUCGACUGUCUGGACACGAAUCCACAGGAAUGCUGGAGUGCACUGAGGGUAAAGUGAACAUCAUGUUUCCCAGCAAUGAGAUCCCCUCCAGUUAUCUCCAAAAUGGAACAGAUACCAUGUGGUUUUUUGAUGGCCAGCCACCGUUCAAGAUGUACCGAUGUGUCUGCACGAACACAGGCAGUUCGUCGAACCCGAACCAUAAUCAUAUCGACCAGGCUUGA